GAGGUCCAGAGCCUCCUGGGGGAUGGCACCUCCAUCACCUGGGACCACCUAGACCAGAUGCCCUACACCACCAUGUGCAUCAAGGAAGCAUUGCGACUCUAUCCACCAGUUCCAGGCAUUGCCAGAGAACUCAGCAAGCCCAUCACCUUCCCUGAUGGACGCUCCUUACCCAAAGGAUUCCAAAUAUUCCUCUCCAUUUAUGCCCUUCACCACAACCCGAAAGUGUGGCCAAACCCAGAGGUGUUUGACCCUUCAAGGUUUGCACCAGGUUCUGCUCGACACAGCCAUGCUUUCCUGCCUUUCUCAGGAGGAGCAAGGUGUCUAUAGAUAUGCUGUUGCAUAUCUGUGUGCUGGGAAAGAGGUGUGUCUGUUUCUAUGUACAAAAGAAAGUUGGUAAGCACCACAUGACCUGGAGACUUUGACCCUUCACUGAUACUUAACCUCCAGCAACAAUUCAGGGUCAGUGCCUAUCCCAAACUCAAUGCAUCUGACCUUUGAUU